AUCAUCACCAGAUUACACAUAAUGUUUUUAACAAAGAGCCGCUUUGCUCUGAAACGUGCCUCGGUGCAAUUCACCAGAUGCCUCUCGACCCUUUCCAAUAAUACCCACAUUAAAGUUUUCCAAGAUGAAUCAUCACCAACUUCCCACAUCCUCACGCUCCUCAAUUCGUCCUCUUCAAAAUUGAAACGCCUAGCCAUCGGAACCUCGACGACGCUCCCGCCGACGCCGCAGUCCUUUACCGAGAACCCGACAUUCAAAGCGAUCCUGAACGAAGUACUUGUCGAACAUGGCCACAAAGAUGAGGAUGUCACGUCGCAGGCACGUGCACUAGCAAGCCCAGGCGGCUUCAAUUUGGGGUCAGGAGGCGCAUUCUUCCUCAAGCAGAACCAGCGUCGUGGCUCUUCGGCUAAAGAAGGCGCUGGCGGCGGCGCUGGCGGAUCAGGUGCUGGAGGCGCGAGCGCGCAGGGUGGUGCAGGAGGUGGUGGUAGAGGCGGUUGGGUUCAUCUAAGCGAUCGCCGGAACCCUCCCGACUUUGGUCGAAUUGCAUGGCCCGAAGAUAUCCUGGGGAGCGUAGAGGUCAACGAAUUGGGCGAUGUCGUCGGUACCCUUCAACCCAGCGGUACCUACCGAAUCGUGACAAAUGAGGGAAUCCUGGGUCUUAGCCCAUUUCUACACGCAAAGUUGUUGGCUAGGCUAGAGCAGGAGACAGCGAAGGAGUAGACGCACUAUCUUCGUGAAGGCGUCUGCUGCACCCACACACGUGUACAGUACAAUGUCAUUAUACAACAAAACACAAUUUCACUUCAAGCAUGUAGGGAUUCCCCAUUGAAUACGAAGUUUCGUCUAUUUUUGUUUAUUUCGAUUCAUAUACUAGGUGUCGUUUACAUCUUGACUGACAAAGAAAAUACGCAUUAUAAACCCGACAACAAUAUCCCAUUAUCCAUAUCAUCAAACACCUUUUAAUGGAACUGGUCCUCAGUCACACCGGCACCCAUGGCAGCUGUUGAGCUGACACCGCCGGUAACCAUCUUAAGAAGCUCAUCAGCGUAGUUGGCACCACUCCACUUCUGGUGCUUGACGACAUCGACACCCUGCUCCAUCUCGGGCUCCUGGACGAGCUCACCGUAGGCGCGCAUACCCUGAGAAGCGUAGGCGCUGGCGAAGCGGUCCGAGAUGAGCGCGGUGGUGUGCAGACCAGCGAGGGUGAUGAACUGCCAGCAGUAACCGAGCUCACCGAGGCGGCGGAUGUAGGUGCCCUGGUCCUCCUGGGACAUGGCGGUCUUCCAGUUGAAAGAGGGAGAGAGGUUGUAGGCGAGCCUAGGGAACAUGUUAGUUUGCUAUACAGAAAGUGCAAGACGAGGCUUGUUGGACUCACUUUUGCUCGGGGAGAACGGCGUGGACACCGUCAGCGAACUGCUUAGCCUGGGCGAAGUCGGGGAGCUUGCUCUCCAUCCAGACAGCAUCACAGUAAGGACCGUAGGCGACGGCACGGUUGAUGGCGCAGUCGCAGCCACCCUUGAGGCGGAAGUAACCCUCACGGGUACGAGGAGCGUCCCAGUCGAAGAAGACCUCGACACCAAGGCCCUUGGCGAUGGCGCGGGCCUGGUUGUUGCUCUUGCCCUUGGCCUGAGCUCUGUAGUCGGCAGCAGCCUGGACCUUGUCUGCAAUAGCAGACUUCUCGAUGGCAGCGACGACAGCAUCGUCGAAGCGCUGGAGGUUAGCCUGGGUCAGCCAGUUGUCCUCGAUAGCCUGGAGCUCGGCACCGAACUUGCCCUCCUGUUCAGCAGCGACCAUGAGGUCGUUGAGGGGCUGGAUGUCAGGGUUGGUGCUACCCAUGAUGAAGGCGUGGUCGCGGGGGUCGAUGGUGGAGGUGAUGAGGGUGGCAGCUUCAGCAUCGGUUCUGGCAAUAGCAACGAGGUCAGAGCCUAUGGGAUGGGUAAGUAUCACUGAACGUUUAGAGGCAAAUACGGUUGUUUGUGCUUACCCAUGAUGUCGGCCUGCGAACGGAUGGCAACGAGACGGUUGAUGUGCUCGCUGAUGGGGACAAGAACCUUGCCGGCCAUGUGGCCACACUUCUUGGUACCAGGAGCCUGGUCCUCAAUGUGAAUACCAGCAGCACCCUUCUCAACGAAGAGCUUGGUGAGCUUCAUGACGGCAGUGAGACCACCGUGACCAGUGUCGGCGUCGGCAACAAUGGGGCGGAGGUAGUCAAUGUUGGCAACCUCGCCGCGCUUCUCCUUGGGAGUAGUCAGACGCUCCUGGCGCUGCUUGCGGUCGUGGAAGAGCUGGGCCAUGAAGAGGUGGCCAACCUUGUUGGGGACAGUGGUCUACAAGAAGCAUGGUUAGAAACUAGACGACGGCUUUUGUCUUACACUCCUCUGGACUCACGUAGGGGUAAUCAGCCAAAUCAGGGCCGGGCUCAUCAGAAGACGAGGCAGUAGAAGAUGACUGCCAUCCAGAAACGUAGACGGUGUCAAGGUACUUGGCCAUCUGGGUGACCAUGGUGGGCUCAAGGCAGCCGUAAGUGUAAGAAGCAUCCUUGGUCUGUCAAAGUAAGAUGGUCAGUAUGUGCCUGUUUGCGCGUGGAAAUGGCACCAGUUGCCCAAUUGGGAGCACUGUCGCGUGCAGAGGCGCAAAGACUUACGGCGAACCGGUUCUCGAUAAUCUGCCACAGCUUCUUGGACUGGGCGUUACCAGGGUACUGAAUCUUCAAGUUACCACGCUUGGAGACAAUCUGCUCAGCGGUAAAGGGACGCUUGGUGUGGCGCCAGCGGGAGUCACUCCACCAGGCCUUGACCUCAGCAACCUCUUUGGCGAAGAGCUCGUCCUCGGUGUCAGGGUUGACGGCGACGUUGAUCAUGUUGUUGAACGCCAUCUUGUUGGAUUUCUGAGGUUAUUGUGAAUUCAAUGCGCAAAAGGGUCACAGUGAUGUCACUUGGAGGGGUAGUGGGGGUUUAUUGGAGGAGGAGAGAUGGCGGGGGAAUGAAGAAGACGAAGAGGGGAAGUUGGGGAUUGGAGAAGAUGAAAGAAGAAGAAGAAGAGAAGAAUCAGAAGGAGAAAAAGAGGUCGAAGGAGUCAUUGACGAUAUUAUAAACGAAACCACGCACAAGCUCCGGAAUCGCCCAGCCAGCAGGUAGACGCACCUCGGGAAAGCGUAAAGCGGGUCCCGGGUCUUGUCAUGGUGGCCUGCGUCUCACCACACACGCCACACACCCCAGGCCCCAUGUCUCCGGACUUUUCCUUAGUAGCAGCAGGUAUUAGCGGGCCAUUAGAAAAAAAUAAAGGGAUUAAAGAGGAAUAAUAG